AUGAAGCUUCUAGAGAUUGAGCGAAAGUUCACCUGGAACCCAGCCAGCCUCAACAUUUUGCUGUCGAAUGGGGGCCAGCCUCCUUUCUCUUCACGUCCCACGAUUCAAUCGAAAAUAUUCCGCGACACCUAUUAUGAUCUGGACAAUAGGCUCUCCAGCAAGGGUCUCUGGGUCCGAAAGCGUUUUUACAACCCUCACAAGCAAGACGAUAGGUCAAAGACCGGCAUGUGGGAAGCCAAACAAUCCAUGCCAGGGAGUUCUUUCGUGCGCUCAACCUAUGAUGAAACACAAGACCCAAUUCGGAUUUGGCAAAUGGUCAAAAAUUGCGUCCCCAAAUGCGCUGGACCUAAUGAGUCUUUUGGAUUAGAAGAGACUUGUCGAUUUGUAACUCACCGGCGGUCAUUUCUCGCGGACGGAAAGUUCAUUGUCGUGCUCGAUGAGACGGACUUUGGGCACUCAGCUGGCGAGGUGGAACUACUUGCAGAGGACGCAAACAAGGCGCAUGCGGAUAUUGAUGUCUUCUUGGCUCGCUACGCAUGGCUCUUCGAUUGCUCCAAGCCAAAGGGGAAGCUCACAGCUUAUUUUGAAAAAUAUCCUCGUAAUAAUGUGUGA